AAUUCAACAUAUGUAUGAUGCAGAAUUAAUCAGAGACCCGACAGACUACAAAUGAACCUACCGUGCCAAUAUGCUACGUUUCCUAAUGGAAUGAACAAGUACCUUUGGUUGACGGUCUUAAUAGUCAGUGCGAGUGGCAUGGAAACCGACUUCGGCUGCUGUGAGAAAUCAAACGGAUAUUGUAUAGAAUGUUGUGAAAACUACCAUUUUUUGGACGAAAUGUGUCAAGUAUGUCCUCUAGGCUUUCAUGGUGUCAGGUGCCGGAAAGAAUGUGGUUAUCCUUGGUAUGGAAAGCUGUGUAGCUCCAUUUGCAACUGUUCCAAGGCUGAAUGUCACUCCGCUCUCGGCUGUCUAAGCUAUGAUAAAGACACUAUCGCAUCGUCAACUUUCAACAUGAUUCCGUCCACAAGUUAUAAUGAAAAACAAGUCAAUUCGCUUGUGACAACAUCGGAGAGAUCACACGUAUCCACGGACUCUGAAAAUACCUACAAAACAGCUAACACAUCAAAGGAAACGGAACCACAUUUAGGACACGAGCCCCAUCUAUUCCUUUUCGUGAAAAUACUCGGGGUAGCCCUCGGGAUUAGCGUGAUAAUCAUACUUGGACUUAUCUGUUUAUUCUUAUACAACAAAAGACAAAGAAAUCUAAUGAGUCUUCAGCAGCAUCAGUUUUACUGGUAG